CCCCCAGAGGAGAAUGUGCAUGCUGCAUUGCCCCGCCGGCCGCCGCGAACCGCGUCAUGAAUCCCGGAGCCAGCGCGCAACAAUUAUUUUCCACCACAAACCUUGCUCCACGAACCACUCCACUCGUUUGCGAUUCAAAUUCGCAUCUCACUUUAUGGACUGCAUUAUGUAACAAAAUCCAUUUUUAAAAAAAAAACAAAAAAAACAAGCUUUGCUCAUGAGUCAUGCAUGGCCGCCGUUUCUUGGCGAGUAGUAACGCAUGCUUAGCUGUUGCAGUCUACUAGUAGUAUCUACUAGCACUUCCUCGUCUUCUCCAUCCAUCUCCUGCAGCAGGCCCUUCCUCGUUCCCAAAUCUGCAAGCAAUUAAGCAAACAUUCCACCCACCAACCAUCCAACCUUUCAAGUGCUCAUCACGACAUCAGGGUUUCCCCUUUUCCCUUUCCCUUUCGUGGCCCACGGCUCCGCGUCCUCCUCCGAUCCGACGACGACUGACGCCGUGUUGACUCGCUUGCGACAGCGAACGGACUCGAGCCAAAACAUACGUCCUCCCGUGGCCAUGGCCGUGGCCGUGGCGGCGCGUCGGGCGACUCUACUCGUCCUGAUCUUCCUCGUCUCCGCGGCCGGUGCAUCAGCCUCGGCGACGGCGGCGGCGGCGGCGCCGGGUCCCGGGGCGAACUCGACGUCGUUCCUGCUCGCGGCGGAGCAGACGCAGCGGAAGGACCCGCUCGAGGGGCUGAGGUACUACACCGGCGGGUGGAACAUCAGCGACGAGCACUACUGGGCCUCCGUCGGCUUCACCGCGGCGCCGGUGUUCGCGGCGGCGGGAGUCUGGUUCGUCGUGUUCGGCAUUGGCCUGUUCAUCGCCGGCUGCUGCUUCUGCUGCUGUCCGGGUGGCGGCGCCGGCGCCGGCGACACCUACUCGCGCGCGUGCCUGUUCGUCUCGCUCGUGCUCCUCCUCGUCGUCACGGCCUUGGCAGCCGUGGGGUGCGCCGUGCUGUACGACGGGCAGGGCCGGUUCCACGGCAGCACGGCGGCGACGGUGGACUACGUGGUGCGGCAGUCGGGCGACACGGUGGCCACCCUGCGGGGCUUCACGGGCUUCCUGGAGACCGCCAAGGCCGCCGGCGUCGGGCCCAUCACGCUGCCCGACGACGUCAAGGGGAGGAUCGACGACGUCGUGCGCAAGGUGGGCGCGGCCUCCGACGAGCUCGCCGCCCGCACGUCCAGCAACGCCGCCAAGAUCCGCGCCGCCCUGGAGACAGUAAGGAAGGUUCUGAUCGUUGUUUCGGCGGCGAUGCUAAUCCUUGCUUUUCUUGGACUCGUGUUCUCCUUGUGUGGAUUGGAGUCGAUUGUCUACGUGUUGGUGUUCUUGGGGUGGAUCCUGGUUGCAGGGACGUUUGUACUGUGCGGUACUUUUCUCCUCCUGCACAACGUGGUGGGCGACACGUGCGUGGCGAUGGGCGAGUGGGUGCAGCACCCGCAGGCGCGGACGGCGCUGGACGACAUCCUGCCGUGCGUCGACACGGCGGCGGCGAACGAGGCGCUGGACCGGAGCAAGGAGGUGAACUACCAGCUGGUGGCCGUGCUCAACGCCGCGCUCACCAACGUCUCCAACCGCGACUUCCCGCCGCAGGCGCCGCCGCCGAUCAACUACAACCAGUCGGGCCCGGCCGUGCCGCUGCUCUGCAACCCCUACACGGCGGACCUCCGCGACCGCGCGUGCGCGCCGGGCGAGCUGCCCCUCGACGCCGCCGCCGCGCGGCAGGCCUGGCGGCGCUACGUGUGCCGCACUGCGGCCUCCGCCUCCGCGGACGACGGCGCGUCGGCGGCGGCGGCGGAGGUGUGCGCGACCACGGGGCGCGUCACGCCGUCCAUGUACGAGCAGCUCGCCGGCGCGGCCGACGUCAGCUACGGGCUGUACCACUACGGCCCCGCCCUGGUGGCGCUGGCGGACUGCACGUUCGUGAGGGAGACGUUCCGGUCGAUCGGCGAGGAUCACUGCCCGGGACUCAGCCGGUACAGCGGCCAGGUGUUCCGGGGCCUGCUCGCCGCCGCCGUCGCCGUGAUGCUGGCGGUGCUGCUCUGGGUCGUGCACUCGCGGGAGCGGCGGAGGAGGAGCGAGGCCAAGGAGAUCCUCCUGCUCGCCUCGUCGCCCUACAAGUUUCCUGUGGAGGAGAGGGCGUUUCUCAAGAGCCCGGCGAGGCCGUUUAUGUGAAUUUUAAGCGGAAUAUAAUUACAGUAUCGGCUCUGCUAGCUUAAUUAGGCCGUGCACCGUCCAACAUUUGGGCCGUAUUAUACCUGUACAGUACAUUCUACUGUAGUUGUAUUUAACUAUAAGUAGCCGACAUUGGUGUUCGCA